GAAACCACGCAUGUGUUGAUCCGUGCUGCAGCAACGUGCAUCAGUUCCUCUCUGACCCCAGCGCUAAUCUGCAUUCAGACUGAGGCUCCACUGCUUUCCUCAGCUGCUCCGUUUCACUGUAGCUUAUUACGGGGGGGCUUCGCCGUCUGAAGCAGUUUUUUUUUAGGGCCCUGCAAGGCUGUCAAUUCGGUUACAGACACGCCAAAAGAGAACGAACGAUACCAAAAAACCAGCUUUCGACUCGCAUCGAUUUUGUUUUGGCUGAUUUCGCUCCACCGCACGUCCGCCUCGGGUCUAGAUUUGCAGACCCGCUACUGCUAACGUGCGUAAUGUAUCGUAGAGAGGAAACACAGUAAAUAGACGGACACGUCCAUCUGCAAUAAAGAGGAAACGAAGAUGGUGAUGAUGGCUCCACCAAAUUUAGCCUCCAAAAGCUCGACAGCAAUGGCAAAGCCUUCCAUGCCCCUGAAGCUGUUUCUCUGGGUCUUUAUUGUCGUUAAUCUGCCAACAAGCUCCUUCCAGACCGAUGACGAUGAUGAGGUGGCUAACAAGACGUGGGUGCUGACACCAAAAGUAUACGAGAGUGAUGUCACGCACAUCCUUAACAGCUUACUAGAUGGAUACGACAACAAACUGAGACCUGACAUCGGAGUCAAACCCACGGUGAUCCACACGGAUAUGUUUGUCAACAGCAUCGGGCCAGUAAAUGCCAUCAAUAUGGAAUACACCAUCGACAUCUUUUUUGCCCAGACUUGGUACGACAGAAGAUUAAAAUUCAACCACACAAUGAAGGUUCUGCGUCUCAACAGCAACAUGGUCGGGAAGAUUUGGAUCCCAGACACUUUUUUCCGCAACUCGAAGAAGGCCGACGCCCACUGGAUCACCACGCCCAAUCGCAUGCUUCGAAUUUGGAACGAUGGUCGGAUACUGUACACUCUCAGGUUGACAAUCGACGCCGAGUGCCAGCUUAAACUGAACAACUUCCCAAUGGAUGAGCACUCGUGUCCCCUGGAGUUUUCAAGCUAUGGCUACCCCAGAGAGGAGAUUGUGUACAAGUGGAAGAGGAGCUCAGUCGAGGUCGGGGACAUUCGCUCCUGGAGGCUCUACCAGUUCUCCUUCGUUGGCCUGAGGAACACCACAGAGAUUGUCAGGACUGUCUCAGGAGACUAUGUGGUGCUAACUGUCUUCUUUGACCUGAGCAGAAGAAUGGGCUACUUUACCAUUCAGACCUACAUCCCAUGCACCCUGAUUGUUGUCCUCUCCUGGGUCUCAUUCUGGAUCAACAAGGAUGCCGUACCUGCCAGGACAUCAUUAGGCAUCACUACUGUGCUGACCAUGACCACGCUGAGUACCAUUGCCAGGAAAUCCCUUCCAAAAGUUUCCUAUGUGACCGCCAUGGACCUGUUUGUGUCCGUCUGCUUCAUCUUUGUUUUCGCUGCACUCAUAGAGUACGGCACACUGCACUACUUUGUCAGCAACAGGAAGCCGAGCGCCAAAAAGGACAAGAAGAAGAAAAACCCGCUCCUCCGGCUCUUUUCCUCAAAGCAGACACCCACGGUAGACAUUCGCCCACGCUCAGCCACGGCCAUCCAGAUGAACAACGCCACGCACAUGCAGGAGCGGGACGAGGAGUACGGCUAUGAGUGUCUGGACGGGAAGGACUGCACCAGCUUCUUCUGCUGUUUCGAGGACUGCCGCUCAGGGGCCUGGCGGCACGGGAGGUUGCACAUCCGCGUCGCCAAGAUAGACUCAUAUGCACGCAUCUUCUUCCCCACUGCGUUUGGUCUCUUCAACCUGGUCUACUGGGUCUCCUAUCUCUAUCUCUAGGUCUGGAUGUGUAUCCAGCCUCAUCACACAGCUCAUUUCAUUCUACAUGCUCUGUGCCAGCAAGGAACAUUUCCAAGGAGGGGACCCACUGCAACAAGAGAUGAUUUUAUUUCAAGCAUUUCCUUUAACUCUUCGGUUUCAAUCUCUCAGUAUUUUUGAGUCAUGUCGAUGAAAACUUUGACAGACACUGCAAAUGUUGUAGCACUACAUUUAACUGGUAUGAGGAGGUCUGUAGAUGUGUUGUGGAAGCGUUGAUUGUGUGAUCAAUUAUUAAGAGUCUUAGUUCUCUUUUAUAAUUUGAUUUUUGACUUUUUGUUUUUCAAAGGGGUUUUGUACAAAUAGCUUAUUAUUGGACAACAUGCAUUCCCUCCACUGUAAAAAAGUUGAUAAAAACAGCAAAGCAAAUCUCAGAAGACAUCUU